UCGGGAAUGAAGCAAGUAAAAAAUUAUGUUAUAGUGGUUAUCUAAGAAGAAAAAAAAGUUAGUAAUCUCUAAACUUCUACAAGUGUGAGGAAGGAUCCUUAAUAGAUGUCACAAAAACUCCUUGAUUGAUUUCUUGGGUUUAUGUAUUGGUCUCAAGAUGGACGGGGCCGCAGGAGGGCGCGAUAACGUUGACGAUGGAAGAAACGACAUUCAAGAAUUGGCACGGGUCAUUCGGCAGUCGCGGCGAGAACCCUACCCCAAGUUUGAGCAAUUGGGGUAUAGCAACGAAUGGACAGAUGAGAAGAUGCUUCGCAUGGUUAAAAGGUACUGUCAAGUGGGGUACCGAGACGAGAUCGAUGAGCUGGUGUGGAUCUCUCGUAAUUGGUCAGAUUUUAAGGCGCGGUUGUUGGAGAAGUACCAGCUCAGCGAUCGGUUGCUCGACCUGCAGGAUUUGAGGGCGGUGGAUCAUAAAAAGUUUGGUACAACCAAGCAAUUCUUGUCGGAGUUUGAGCGUGUGGCUCACCUAAUCCCCGACCUGUCCGACAAAGAUCGUUGCCUCAUCUUCCUUGAUAACUCCAACGACGUCGAACAGUGGAAAUUGGUUGAAGGGAUGCAAGGGAGGUAUGACUGGAGUAAGGUCCGGCAAAAUGCGCUGGUGGGGAAAUUCGACGAUAUCCUCUACCGGCUGUUGAGGCAGCAAAAGGAGGAACGGGAAAAGGUGAAGCUGGGAGAGGUGAAGGACAACAAGAUUUACAAAACCUUGACCUAUAUGAGAGAAAUGAUGGAAGGCAUGAAAGAGGAAAGGUUGAAGCUUCAAGUCAUGUUGGCGAGCGAGAAAAAGAGUAAGAGGAAAGGGAAAGAGUCAGUGGGGGAAGAAAGCGAUAGUGAGAGCGAGGAGGAAAAGGAGCCGCCCCGUAAGUUGACAAAGGCGGAGAGGAAGGUCUUGAAUCAAAUUCGAGGCGGACAGGGGACCUCCCUUAAACAGGGAAAGAAUGGUGGACAGAAUAAUCAAGGAGGGAAUGACAAUAUUGGCGCUGGUUCAUCAAGACAAAGUUCCCAAGAUCAAGGGCAGUUUCAGCCGCAGGGUGGAAGAGGCCGCGGUCGAGGCCGUGGGAACGGACAGCGAAGCUGUUGGGCGUGGCAGCAGGAAGCCACAUAUAACUAUUGCGCAGAAAAGGACCAUAUUAUGUGGUUUUGCCAACUCCUUUCAAAAGAUGAGAAGGAGGGAAUUGUCUUCACCACGAUACGUGGUGAAAUUUUUUAUUACGAAGGGAAUUUGAUCGACCCCAACAUUGAAGAGGGUAUGAGGAAGGAGGCGUAUCGCCGAAUGGGUCGUCCGCUGCCGGCGACGUUCCGGAUUGCUUCUCUCGAAGAAGCGCGGUUGGCCGGGGUUGAGGAGGCAAUGGCAUCGUUACAUAUUGACGACUCGUCAACGGAACCAGGAGGGUUUAGGGAACAAGUGGUGGAACGAGCGCAAACCAUCACGAAGCGGCUUGCCCGAUGCCGGGACUCUAUCAUCCGACUUUGCGUGGACAUGGAGGAGACUCGGAUGCGGCGACGAAAUGAGCAGCUUCAGGAGGAAAGAGAGCCUGAAAAGGCGGUGGAAGAAGAGCCCAUCCCCGUUAGUGAGAGCGAUGAGGAUAACGAGGAUGAGAAGUUGCGGGCCGAAGAGGAAGAACAGGCUCGUCGUCGUGCGCUGGAAAGGGAGCCGGAGAAAGGGAAGACCGAACCAGGCGAGGAGGAACCACGAAAGAAGAAGAACAUUUACUCGAUCCCCGUGGAGCAGGGGGUCGAUAUCGAGCAGCUUGUCGAUAAGAUUCUAGAAAGUCAGCGCGACUUGGUCACGCUGAAGGAAAUUUUGGCGGUAUCGCCGAAGAUUCAGGAAAAGUUUAAACAGCGGAAGACUCGCAAGAGAGUCAUGACUGUUAAUCUCGGUGAAGUCAUUCCGCCGGAGGCUAACUGGUCCCCGCCUGGGACAAAGAUGGAUUGGCGAAGUGUGUCGACCGACCAUAUGAAGGUCCAGAUUGGACAGCACGAGUAUUCGGCACUUGUGGAUGAUGGAGCCGAGAUGAACAUCAUUCGGUCUCGAACGAAAGACCUGGCGGAGGUGUUGUCGGGCAUUCGCCGCUUCGUUUGGAGGCGCAUCAAUGAUGUGGUGAAAAUUCUUAAGAGGUUGAAGGAGUUUAAUCUCAUGGCUGAUGACGCUUUCCAGACCGUUGGAAGGAUGUCAUAUAUCAUGAACUUGUUGGUUCAUGAGGAGCGUCUGAGGUUAAUGAAUGCGGAGAAAGGGGGCAGUGAGGUCAAAGAAGCGUUUAAGGAAAAGGAAUACGAAGGGGAAUAUAAGAAGAUAGGCAUAUGGUUGAAUGGGGAAUUGGAUGAAAACGAGGUUGAUCCGGUUGUGCGGGAGAAGAGCAAAGGAUUCGUUGUUCGUGACGGGAGGAAUAUUACCUCCGUUAUCCAUUUGUUCAAGAGAUUGUUAUGGAUCGAGGAGGCGAGUUUCGAGCAAAGGAGGUGCAAACACUUUUAAAGAGACUUGGGGUAGGUAGAGGGGUGCCUGAAAAAUGAAGGUGUAAUCAUGUC